AUGGAAGGGCAGCUGGCCGUUGCGGUUGAGGAGAAGAACUCUGUGAUGUCGAUGUUUGCAAAGGCAGCGGAUGAGAAGGAUGCUGUCACGGAGCGCUGCGCCAAGGCAGAGGAAGCUGCUGUGACGCUGAGCGCGAAGGUGAAUGAGCUCGAGGACAAGGUGCUGGAGAUGAGCGCUGACUCGCUUCGUGCUGCAGAGGCGGCCGCGAUGAGGGCGGACGACGACUGCAAGCGCCUGGAAGCGGAGCUUGCCGCGUCGCAGUGCGCGAAGCGGAAGCUGGAGAAGGACAAGGCAAAGCUCCGAGAGGGCUAUGAGAAGUCCGAACGUGAGCGGCUCAAGCUGGAUGCUCGGUUUGAAAUGCGGAGGGAGACUCAAGUCAUGAACCUGGAGAGAACCCCAGCAGAGGCCGCGAAGGAGUCUGUGGAGGGAUGCUUCAAAGCGACCAGGAAGGCGAUGCAGGUGCUGGACAUAAAUGCUGCCUAA